CAAGAAAGAAGAAAGAAAGAAAUAGUUAAGACACAGUUGCACAUGUUUGAUUUUUUCUGGAAAUUUUUUAUUUCGAUCAUUGAUCUCUGGGAGGGGUGAAAACGAGAUGGUAUUUUAUAUUAACACAACAGGCGCAAAAAAAGCUAAAAAAGGGGGCCAACAACUUUAGGCAAGGGCCUUCUCCAAAUGCUCGAUAGCCCAGGGUACUACAAUGCAAUGUAAUUCAAUAAAAAUAAGGUACACUUUAGCAUACAGUUAUAUAUCUAUGGUCGUUUAUAGUUGUAUUAAAGUUCACCCGUCACCCAUUUCUUUUUCUGAAAUGCAAGGUUGCUUACCGAAACGAAUGGCGGCGAUAACACCAAAGAAGGACAUAAAGCCCUUUGCUGCCUCCCUCCGCAUCAUGGACUGCUGCUCGGGAGUGAUUUCAGGGGGACCUGGCAUAAACAUUGUGUGUGUUUCGAGUAAUUUAUAAAAAAUAGAAAAAUUUAUGAAAAAGCUGAC